AUGGAAAAAUAUCAUCAAACUGAGUUUAGUCCAAGAACAGGACGACCUUCAACCCAGCUCACUCCGCUUCGUCUGACAGGACGACAUUUUCCAGAUCUUAUUCCAGCUACUGAGAAAAAGGCAAAUCCAACCAGGCAAUGUGGAAUUUGCAGCAGGGCUCGAGAUGAACGCGAAAAGAAGAUUAGAAGAGGAACCAAAUAUUACUGUGCAGAUUGCGAAACCCCCUUGUGUGUGACUCCAUGCUUUAGGAUUUACCACACAGUUGCAAAUAGUUAG